AUGCAUCCACAGGGAAGAAAUGGAGGGACUAGAAGAUGCUUCUAUGAGUUCCAAACUUUUUUAGCUUGUGUCACUUCAGCUGACACCGUUAACAGUAAGCAAUGUACUCCUAAUUAUGAAGAUUAUAUGGAAUGUCUCCAUGGUACUAAAGAAAGAGAAAGAGCUAGAUUAAUGAUGCAACAAUUGAAGGAAAAUGAAAGAACCCAAAAUGGUAUCACUGCUGCUGACUUAUAUAAAAGCUCUGGUCGUGUCUAUCAACCUUUAAAUUUGAUUUCCAAGGAUUAA